UGUCAGAUGAAAAAAACAAAUGUGAGCGGAGUGAUAGUGGUAGUGAAAUGUGAAAAAUAUGGAUAGGUCCAGAAGUUAAUUAUUAAAUAAUUUACAGUUGACAAGAUUGUUUUAUAUCUGCACUAUGACCCACGUGGAGAAACGUCAGCCAAGGCCUGGCAGAGAGGCGAUUCAUUCUGGUCAUUUUAUGGUGUCUCAUUUUGAAGCAGAAGCCCAGGAUGAGUUUGACGACUUAGCUGUCCCUGUACCAGAUGAGGAGCAAAAUGUUCAGAAAGUUACUACAGUUGCUACUUAUACCGUACCAAGCUUCAAAGAACCUUUUCCAACUUUCGAUUUACAAGAAAGUAAACAACAACUUUCAAUUGAAAUAUCUUUGACUAAGUUAUUUAAAUGUAUGACCUUAGCAUACAGACAAAAACUAACAUCACCAAAAUGGAAUCGUUUCAAAGGUAUCAAGCUGCGCUGGAAGGACAAGAUCAGAUUAAACAAUGUUAUUUGGAGGUGCUGGCACAUGCAAUUCAUAAAGAAACAAAAUACUUUGGUGUGUCAAUUUGCUUCACCACUAGAUGUUGACACACACGUGAAACCGGAGACAACGAUUUUAGAAGGUAAAUAUUGGAAAAGAAGAGCGGAAGCAGUUAUAGCAGAAUAUAAAAAAUGGCGAAUGUUUCAUAUAAUGCGCCUCUUUGGCAAGGGGGACACCUCUGUCCAGUACCCAAUUUCGGAGAUGGACAUGGACACGGCAGAGUCGUUCCAAUGCAGCGAGCUGGCGGGCAACAUGUUGACCGACGAGGACUACCUCAAUUUCAUGAGUGACACCCUGUUUUCUACCAUAUCCAGUCACCAGCCGUUCGCCUUUCCUGAUUGUAGAGAGAUUGCAAGAGGUGCAAGUUUGGCAGAUUUCAUACAACCCAGCUUAGGUCCGCUACAACCUAAUCUUGACGAUUAUAUGGAAUUGGAGCCUUUUCACGAGCUCCUAUCGACGCCGCGACUGCCGCCGGUGCCGGAAGAAAGCGCGCUGUCGUCUGAAGAGCCGAUGUACCGGAGUGGCAUGUCGGUGGACGCGUACCCCGCGCAAGGGUUCAUGUCCACCGCGCACGCGCAGACCUCCUCAACGCCCACCAUGCCCACCUCACAGAUGACUAUACAUGGUACAAAUAACAAUACUCAGAUGAUGUCUUUAUCCGACCAGAGCGUUAAAAACGAGCAAAUGCGCAUGUACGACAACGGUAGAAUGUACAGUCAGACAGAAAUGCAAGAUAAUUUGAUAAAUACUCAAGAGAUGAUGCCGUCUUACCCGCCUGCGUCUUACGACAAUGCGACAGAUGCGGCUCUAGGCGGAGUUUACAUGGGCAAGCGGUUAUCUUACGGCACACCGCCUAAAAUCGUAGCGCAGGAGACAUGCUAUAACACUAAAUAUAGUAACGCAGCCGUUCCGCCGUCCCAAACCGCCCCAGAGACGGUGUCGCUCCUGCAGCAGCCCGUUCAGAACGCCAAGUACGCGUCCACCAUCGUGAUGUCGGGCCGCGGCGGGUACUCGCGAGACAAGCCCCGGGCGCGGCUGUCGCAGUACGCCAGCCCGCUGUCCGGCAACCAGUACCCGGGGUACGGGGGCCAGCCGGCCGCGCAGCCGCCUAACUACGAGCCCAGGACCGGCCAACGAGCGCCGCCGCAGCAGAUGCAGUACCUCCCGACGCCGGUGGACUCGUACAAGGCCAAAACCGCCACCGCCGUCAACCCGAGAUCCUUCAAGAUGCCCUCGCCCCCGCUCGCGCCCUCCACGUCGCAACAAGUAAACGUAGCAGCGAGCCCGGUUAACGCGUCAGUGGUGACGCUGCGCGGCAAGCAGGAGCAGUUCCGGUCGCACAGCCUGCCGCUCGGCGCGCAGCUCGGCGCCGACUGGGCCGUCACCGCGCCCGCCCCUGCGCCUGCGCACCAGCCGUCGCCCGCGCCCUUGUCCGCCACUGUGGCGCCGGACAAUACGAGGAACACCGUCAGGACCCGCGACCCGCACCCCGCGUCGCUGCGCAUGCGCUCGCGCUCGACAUCUAGCGGCGCGCUCGCAGAAGGCAGCCCCGCGCGCCGCCCGCCGCCGCUCAACAGCGUGGCCUCCGAGCCCAGCCUGCCGCAAGCCAGCGUCAUGCUGGCGCAGCUGCUCUCCGGCCACUCGUCGAGUGGCGCGUUCAAGCCGCCCAGCGAGGAGGCCGCGGGCGAGGCGCGGUCGCCGGCGCGCCGCAUGCAGCCCUCGCCCAUCGGCAGCGACGUCAUGUCGCCCCACCACUCUCUGUCCCCACCUACAUCACCGACGUCCGAGCGGGCGGGGUCCCCGAGCGGCCGCGAGGCUCGGCGGACGCACCUCCACGCGGAGCAGAAGCGGCGCUACAACAUCAAGAACGGCUUCGACACGCUGCAGGCGCUCAUACCGCACCUCAACGUCAACCCUGCCGCUAAGAUAAGUAAAGCAGCCAUGUUACAAAAAGGUGCAGAAUACAUCAAACAGUUAAAAGCAGAGAGAAAUCAAAUAAAAGAGGAGAUGGAAAGUUUACGGCAACAGAUCGAAUAUCUUAAUAAUUCUAUCUCCAACUGCCACUCGCUGCUGCCGGCCACCGGCGCGCCCGUGUCGCGCGCGCGCGCCGGCCGCCUGCGCGAGAUGUUCGCGCGGCACGUCGCCAACCGCACCAUGAACAACUGGAAGUACUGGCUCUUUAGCGUAGUGGCCGCCGCGCUGGUGGAGUCGUUCAGCUCGUGCGUGUCGUGCGGCAGCGGCGCCGACCUCGUGCGCACCACGCUGCUGUGGGCCGAGCAACAUUGCUCGCUCGUCGAGAUGAGACCCGCCGUGCUGAACUCGCUGCGAGUGCUGUGCACGCAGACGGACAUCCUGACGAACCCCGAGCGCCUGCCCGAGGAGGCGCGGGCGGCCGUGGCGGGCAGCGCGGCCGUCAAGACCGAGCCCACCUAACAGGAUCGCCGCCUCUUUUCCGGUAUCUUGAAUCCGCUUGAUUCACUUAAUGUUGUCUCAUCUUCCUUCUAUCUCUAAAUCCUAGGUUCUGCCUUCGGUUGAGGUAGAAAAAGAAACGUGUUUAGUACGCGGCCUGUCCUGCGAUAUUCUUAAGGCGCAACUUUUCAAUAUCGAACACAGAAAUACAUCAAGUAGAAAUGACCAGCAAGAGUGUAGGUAAAUCUGCCUUUCCUGCGAUUUUUGAAUAUCGAACACAGAAUAAACAUACAUGUAGCAAAAAUGACCAGCUAGCGCGGAAUAUGCAAUGUAAUAGAUAUGCAAUGCAAGUGGAUUCAUAUCCGCAUCAUUUACCUUGGUGUAUCAGUUUUGACGACUUUUAACAUUUCGAUAAUAUGUACUUUAAUAUAAGCCAUUGUCUUAUUUAUUAGUUUUAUGUUUAUCAAUUUUUAUGUUACUGUAGUAUGAGCUAGGUGACACAAAACUUUAAAACUGAACAAUUUUACCCUCUCUGCUAGAUUUAUGUUCUGUGCGGCUGACCUUUUGUUCGAUAUUCAAAAUAUUGUGCUUUGAAUUCGCCUUUAAUACAGGCAUUGAGAUUUUUUAAUCUGGUGAUAUUACGAUUUGUAGAAAAAACUAUUUGUUUAGUCAUUUGCUAAGUCAUUUGCUUACCCUGGUGGAUGAAUAUAGUUUAUUUUACUUCCUCUUCGUACAGAAAUAAUAGUUUCAAAAAACUUUAUCGGUGACGCGCUUUUGAUGAAAUCAUAAUGGAAUCCAUGAAAAUCACUUAAUUAAUUUGUUAAUGCCGAUUGUGUUUUAUU